GUUGUAAUGUUUCGGUUUUGAUUAGACUUUAUGGCUGCAGUCUGAAUCUGAUUGGGUGGCUGUUGAAAAAGGAAGUAAAAACACUGCUGCGCAACUCUCACUAAACGCAGGUUGUUGCUCGUGGACACCGUGUGAGAUAUUUAACUUAAAGUACACACACUAAACUAGUCGACACGGUCCAGUGUGCGAGCUGAUAGACCGUGAAAGAGACAGAAAUGCAAAGAAGUCACCUCUCGAGACACUUUUGAGAGGUCACGCGCGCUUCCUGGUGUGGAUUUUUACGAAGAAGGGAAGUCAUUCAUAAAGAGCAGACUUCGACCUGCAAAACUGGCGGACAUGGAUCAUGCUCGACCACAGGACCCGCAGCAAAGCAAGGGCUCCACGUCGUGGCACAAGGAACACAGUGAGGAGUCUGCUGACAAGAGGCCCGCUGACAGCUCUGUGUCUCCAACUCAAGAUGAGAAGAGGCCGAUCAGGAGAGUGCGAAGUCCAUCCAGGCCGAGGGCGUGGCUAUCCAGUUCUUACAAGCCCAAGUUUGCAGGGCGAUUCUACAAGCCUCGUUUUUCGAGGGAAGACCAUUCAUUCUACAAACCUGGCUUCAGCAGCCACAAGUACCAUUACUUCAAACCCCAUUCUUACUUCAGCCGGAGGGAUCAUUUCCACCCUAAACUUCACCACAUUGCACUGAGGGAGAGGGAGCGAGAGAAGGAGAGAUACGAGCAGAGGGAUAGGGAUCAAAAGAAGGAGCGAUAUGAGAAGAGAGAGAGCGCUGAUGGGAGUUCACCUCCAAAACAAAACAGCACUACUAGACCUUUCUCACCCAGGCGCACUGCCAGCAGAGACAAGGACAUUCAGUUCAUCGUUUCUCAGAGUGGCAGGAACCAAAGCAAAGAGAGAGAUCACAGGGGGACCAAAAGCAAAGAAAGAGAACGAAGCAGAGAUUUGGAGCUCCCUUUAACUGCAAGCCAGACGGCGGCACGAGACAGAGCCAUCCAACAGAAGAGGAGAGAGAUAGAUGAGGUGUACUAUCAGGAAUGUGAAAUGUUCGGCCUUGUGGUAAAGAUGCUGAUAGCAAAGGACCCGUCUCUGGAGCACCCCAUCCAGUCCUCGCUGCAGGAGAACCUCAGGGACAUCGGCAAACGCUGUGUGGAUGCCAUGGAGAAAUUUAUAGAGGACUACGACUCCAAGGAGCCGUCUCACUAAUCAGACACACACUCCUGCCCGUCUUCCUACCAUAGAUCCCUCUGGUUAAAUCUUUUAUAAGAUGAUUAAACGCUGCUUUUGUGUUUGCCAGUAGAGUUUUUUAGCUCAUACAUCCUGCUGCCUGGACAAAAUCCUUCUCUGUGCUUGACCUUAUGCUGAAACUCUGAUCAACACUGGUGAAAUAUGAAAAGGAAACUUUGAUUGAAACUUUUGAUACUGCUUCUAAUUUUGAGAAUGUGAUGACAUGACAUGACUUGACUGGUUGUAUUGCUUUUUGUGUCUUUAAAGGGGACCUAUUAUGCUAAUUUCUAUAUUUUUAUUUUUGGACUCCACAAGAGUAGCUUUGCAUACUCUUCAAACCCUUUAUGCAGCCCCUCGGUUCAGCCUCUGUCUCUAACAGGCCGUUGUAGCCUCUGUCUCUUUAAGGCCGGGAC